AUGAGGAUCUGCAUUCUGCAAACCGCCUUCACCAACCCCCAUGCAACGGAGGAGUAUAGUCCUGUCCAUGAUCCAGGCAACUUCACUGAUCAGCACACGUUCGAUCACGUAUGGAUUCACAAACACGCAGCGAAGGAGCAGAUAGACGAGGCGGUCUCCAAGGGCUAUGAUUUCUACUUCAACUUCAUGCCUGCCCUCGUUGGCCAGCGCAGCGAGGUUCUUGAGCGGUCCAAGAACGACUUGUACAAGGAUGCCCGCGCCCUUGGCUAUCCCCGCGUCCCUGGGACCUCCAAUUAUCCGCUCUUCGUCAAAGCCGCGAGCAGCUGUGCCAGUCAGUUCAUUACUGAAAAGUCUCUGUGUCGCAAUCGCGAGGAACUUGUCCAGAGCCUUGCCAUCCUCCAAGAAGCUUUGGCCGCUGGUAGGGCGCUAGCGGGUCGACCCAGCGAAGCGAUUCGGACAACCACCGUCGUCGACGGUAUUCCGAUCCCUGAAGAUGUAGUAGUCCAAGAGUACGUCUCCGGCUGGGAUCACUCCGUGGUGGUUAUCGAGGUAGGUGACUGCCCUGUCGCUCUGGCGCCCGAACGAUAUGUCUACCCCACGGGCUUCACCCCAUACGCCGACUAUCUGACCUUCGAGGUCAAAUUCCACCCCGAGACGCACGUGGAGCUCUUGCGUUAUCAGGACGACCCUACCCUCUAUACCAAGCUGCAGGAGCUCGCAGUCCAGGCCUUCCACGCCAACAAGAUGGCCGGGCGGACGUGGUGCAAUGUUGACAUCCGUGUGCCGCCGCCGGGCCAGGGCGAACCCGUCGUCCUCGAAGUCAACCCAAUGCCUGCCGUCUUUCUCCCUCGGGACCACGAGUGGGAGGAUGUUGCCAUCCGUGAAAGCUUCCCCGGGGGACAUCGCGCGUUAAUCAACACGAUGAUCGCGAGCCACCUCUUACGCCGCCGGGCACAUGAGGAGAAGCUCCACCGCAUCGCAGAAGUGUACGAUAAUGUCAGCUCAAAAUACGACGAGAAUAUUGCCAAGGUGACGCGGCUGCCCGCGAUCUACCGCAAGAUCGUAGCCCGGGUAGAUCUUUCCCAGGGCACGAUUCUCGAGCUGGGUGCGGGCACCGGUCUAUUUGGCCGCGCCCUGGCUCAGGAGAUGCAGCAAGGGACAACGCCUCCGGACUCGGAUUCGGACUCUGCAUCCAGCAAUAAUCGGACACCCUCCUCCUCUUCCUCAUCAUCAUCGUCACCUCGACCCUACUCCAUAACUGGUAUCGAGCUGUCCCAGGGAAUGGCCCAAAAAUGCCGACAGACCGGCGUCUAUGAGGAGGUCCACCACGGAGCCGUACAGGCCAUUCUCCCGACGAUGGGCCCGUUCGACCACAUUCUCAGUUUGUCGGUGUUGUACUUUCUGCCUCCGGUUGAAUUCUCCCUCGCUAUGGUCCGGUCGUUCCAGCUCGCGCGGAAGAGUCUGGUCGUGUGGAUCGACGAAAUUCCCGAGACUUAUACGGCGAAGCUCCUGGAGAUGGGACCGCCCCAUUCGCAUAUGAUCGGGUAUAACCACUUGGAAGACAUGGAGAAGACGUUCUGCAAUCCGCCGCCGCCGGGAUGGAAGCUGGCCGAGAAGUUCCGGCAGUCUGGGUGGCAGUCGCCGGUCACUGGUGUCGAGGUAUAUGUGACGGUGUAUCAUUUCCAGAGGGAGAUGUCCUGGAUCGGUUAG